AUGGCCUCUAUCAAUGUUAGCUGUGUUCCCAGAAACCCAGAGUUGUUGUGGCUACAAGCUGCAGAUGAACACCGGUCAUACAUCAUCUCGCAUGACCGUGCCCUCACAAAAGAGCCACGUUGCAGAAGAGGUGAUGGAGGGCUUAACAGACUAAUGCAAGAUGCAUGGCGUCCUGAAACCAACACGUUUCACUUUCCUAUCGGUGAAGCGACUGUCACCUUGCAAGAUGUGCAGGUGAUAUGGGGUUUACCCAUACAGGGACCACCGGUGUGUGGUAAGUGGGUUACAAAGACCCGAAAUGUUGAGUAUUGGAAGAAUUUGUGUCAGGAGUAUCUGGGUAUUUACCCGGAAGAUGACGACUUGCGCAAAGGUCGGAUGAAGUUUAAUCGGUUGGCGGGUACGAUUACUUUUGAACAUUGGGACCCGAAUGAUGACGAGCGUUGCCAACAAAUGGCUAGACGGGUUAUUCUAGCUCUUAUUGGUUCGCAGCUUUUUCCUGAUUCUAACAGCUAUGAUGUUAGUCUUAACUAUUUGCCGUUUCUGGGAGACCUGAGCAUAGCGGGUCGAAGGAGCUGGGGUUCAGCGACCCUUUGUUGUUUGUAUAGGAAUUUGUCUAAGGGGACUUGGCCUACUAGACAAGGCAUUGAUGGACCCUUGUUGUUGUUGCAGUACUGGGCGUGGGAAAGAUUUCCACGCAUUGCCCCACGAGUCACGCCAUUCAAACCGGAUGACGGAGAAGAAGAAGAGGUGUAUGAAUACGGAAGCUGUUUAGCAAACAAGUGGUGUGGAGACCACUCAAAUCGUGAUACACCGGGACACUGUAAAAUUUCGUUUCGUUCUUUUUUCAAUGCGCUAACACCUGACCAGUUCGAAUGGACUCCGUAUAACAACUUCAUCAACAUACUCCCCGCGAGUUGCAAGACUGGGCGAAGCAUAUGGAGAUACAUGGGCCCCUUGAUUUGUUGGGAGGAAGUGGAGUUCCAUCUAGCAGAUAGAGUUGCUAGACAGUUCGGCUUGAUACAAGCCAUUCCUGAUAAUGAUGCUUUGGUGGCCCCAGCACAACAUAAGACCCUCAUCAAAAUGCGAAAAGCGAGGGUCGAUUACUGUGAAGUACAUGCCGACUAUAUCGACCAGUGGAACAACCGGGCGCAGCGGAUCCACCAGGGAGACCGAGGGGCCACCUGUGCACCAGGGUAUAUGCAGUGGUAUUUGGAGCGUACUGUCUUAACAGUCGGUAAGCCCGGUCAGCAACAGCCUCCAAGCCAGUACCCUCAAUGGGGCGUUACCCAACAGUUUUAUGUUUGUGUUAAUAACUAUCUGUAUAUUUUAUAA